AUGGGGCGUCACGCUCUUGUCAUGGGCGCAUCAGGCAUCACUGGCUGGGCGAUUGUGAACCAGAUUCUGCGUGGCUACCCCCAGAAAGGAAUCUUCUCCAAGGUUACCGCCGUGACCAACAGACCGCUCGCCCAGGAGCAUACCCUGUGGCCGAAAUCUGACGCCCUGCAAGUGUGUAGCGGGCUGGAUCUCCUCGAGGGAACUCAAGGAGACUUGGAGGCCAAGAUGAGACAAAAGGUGCGUGACAUCAACAAUGUCACCGACCUGUAUUUCUACGCAUACAAGCACUCCAGCAUUCCAGAGGAAGAGAGCUCGGUGAACACGCAGAUGCUGGAGCGAACCAUCCGCGCCGUCGACCGGCUCUCCAGCAACCUAUCCUUCGUGGUCUUACCCAGUGGGACGAAAGCGUACGGGGUUCAUCUAGGAAAAGAUCUCUUUCCGUUCCAAAAUCAAUUACCUUUGACAGAAAGCCUGCCCCGAAUCCCCGAGCCUCACGCCUCCAGGAUGUUUUAUUAUCAACAAAUCGAUUCCCUUCGAAGACUCUCUCGGGGCCGCUCCUGGCAAUGGGUCGAUCUGCGGCCGGAUGUGAUUCCAGGCUUUGUGCCAAACAGCAAUACCUACUGUUUGGCUCAGACGUUGGCCGUAUACCUGAGUCUCUUUGCUACGGUUGAAGGGAAGGGCACGACCUGUCCGUUCCCCGGCUCGACCGAAGCGUGGAACACUCUAUCCAACGACAGUCCCCAGGACGCGGUUGCGCAAUUUAGUAUUUUCGCUUCUCUGAACCCGGAUAAGACGGCCGGGCAGUCCUUCAACGUCGCGGGGAGCGACCAGGCUGUGUCAUGGUCUGAACGCUGGCCCAUCAUCUGCCAAUUCUUCGGGCUCGAGGGGACCGAGCCGGUCGAGUCAAGCCUGGCUCCUGCCGAUUACAUGAGAUCACACCUCGCCACGUGGUCGGAGCUGGUGCAGACACACGGACUCGAGACGAAUUUGAUCAGGGACGAAUUGGCCGAAGGCAAGGCCGGCUAUCAAAAGCAUAUUAUGUCCGAGCUCUGCUUCGACCGAUCUUUAGAUCUCGGGAGAAUGAGGCAGGCGGGCUUCCAAGAGGUUUCGGACUCGAAAAGAGCUUGGUGGACGGCAUUUGAGAGGUUUCGGGAGGCCAAAGCGAUUCCAUGA